AGGCCAAUGUGUUAUUCAAUCUUAAUCUUGCAAUGCAUACAACGGAAAACACUCGAACUACACUGAUAGCACGAUAAUAGUUUUUGCCGCAUAGUUCUUCAGAUUAAUAUCGGUUUAACUGGUGUUGGUUGAAGCUAGAGUCCUGUCAUUCUAACAGCUUACAUCCCGUAUACUGAUACUUUGGAUAUUUUUCUGAGUUCAACAUGGUACUAUCAAUGGAGAGAAGGAGAGGCAAAGUUGCAGUGGUAACUGGUGCCAGCGCAGGAAUAGGCGCCAAAAUUAUCGAAAUGAUGGUCAAGAAUGGCAUGAUUGUAAUCGGCAUUGCUCGAAGAAGUGAAUUGGUCGAGAAACACGCAGAAAAACUUGCGAAUCAACCAGGAAAACUUCAUGCAAUGAAAGUGGACAUGACAGACGAUGGCGCGAUCGUGAAAGCCUUCGAAGAAAUCGAGAGGAAGUUCGAUCCUAUCCAUGUACUCGUCAAUAACGCAGGCAUUUUUCCUACCGGCAGUCUUCUGAACGGAACCACUGAAUUUUGGAGGAAAGUAAUUGACACUAACGUCUUGGCACUUUGCACCGCCACCAGAGAGGCUAUCAGAAUCAUGAAAAAGAACGGAGUUGAUGGAGACAUCAUAAAUAUCAACAGUAUUGCGGGACACAAAGUGCCUCUACUUCCAUUUCUGAACAUUUAUCCAGCUAGCAAAUUCGCAGUCACUGCUAUCUGCGAGUCGCUUAGGCAGGAGCUGGUGGAGGAGGGAAGCAAAAUUCGAGUUACGAGUAUCAGUCCAGGAGCCGUAGGAACAGAAGGGUUUGAGGUUAUGAAAAAUGAUGUUGAAAAAAUGGAAAGUAUUCCAUCUCUAGAUCCUGAAGAUGUAGCUGAUUCGAUAGAAUAUGUUCUAUCUACACCACCCCACGUUCAGGUGUAUGAACUGACAAUUAAGCCCGUUGGAGAAAAAUUUUGAACCCAUCAUAAGUGAUCAACUGGUACCAGAAAAUAUGAAUAUAAAUAUCUAUGUAAAAAACAAGGGCAAUAAAAAAAUCAUAAGCAAUU